GCGGCGCGCGGCAGCCAACGCUGUGCAGCUUGUGCGCAUGUUUGGAUGUAACGGUGCAGGUCAUCUUCAUUACAUGGUUGAUGUUCAACUGGAGGAAGCGAGGAUUUGAAAAAAAAUAAAUAAGCGGCGUUCAUAGAUCGGAGAUAUCGACAAGUCAGGUGGCAUCAUGAGCAAAGUGCAGGGCGGGAUGAAAUGUGUGAAAUAUCUGCUCUUUGUUUUCAACUUCAUCUUUUGGCUGUCAGGCCUGCUGGUGCUGGCUGUGGGUCUUUGGCUCAGGUUUGACCCAGAAACAGUGAGGCUACUGGCAGAUGAUGGGGCCCCCGACGCCUUCUUCAUCGCUGUGUACAUCCUUCUUGGUGCAGGAGGGCUGAUGAUGAUCGUUGGGUUCUUUGGUUGCUUCGGGGCUGUUCGUGAGUCUCAGUGUCUUCUUGCAUCGUUCUUUGCUUGCCUUGUGAUCAUCUUUGGAGCAGAGAUUGCCGCUGGUGUGUUUGGAUUCAUGAACAAAGAGCAGAUUGUUGAGGAAGUCCAAAAGUUUUACAGCAGCUCCAUUGCAGACUCAUCCAAUUCAAAUGGCACUGCAAUAGCAUUGAUUUACCACGAAACACUCAACUGCUGUGGAGGCUCCACAUCAGACACGCCUAACGCGCUUUGUGCAGAGGUUGCAGAAGACACAAAGGAUUGUCUCACUGCAAUAACGGACUUCUUCAAUGAGAAACUUCAUAUUAUUGGAUACAUUGGGAUUGGCAUCGCAGGAGUAAUGAUCAUAGGAAUGAUCUUCAGUAUGGUUCUGUGUUGUGCUAUCAGGAACAACAGGGAGGUCAUAUAGAUGUCCAGAGUGAUCUGGUGGGGAGGUUCACUGAAUAGCACUGAGAGAGUCCAACACAUCCCAGUUGUCCCAGCUGUCCACUGGCCAAAUUCAACACGAUAAGCUGGUCAUCUUCACACCUUCUCCCGAACUCCACCAGCACUGAAAAUUUAUUUCUCUGUUCUUUCCAUAACACAUGCUCCGCUUUUGGCACAACUCUGUGACAUUCUUUGGUUUUAAGACCUUUUCAUUGCUGCCCCUCCCCCCAUAGAGGCGAGAGUGCUCCACUGUAGUUACAACACAGCAUAUGAAGUUUUCUUUGACACAGGAAUGUUGUGACUGAGGAGUAUUGCUGUAAAUAUGGACAUCUAUUUUAUGUAUCUGCUGUUAACAUUAUUUACCUUGCCCUUUCUAGACAUUUUUAUGUGAUUUAUAGGCCUUAUGCCAAUCAUACAACGUGUGCUUAAAUGUUUUGAGGACUAGUCUACCUUUGCAAAGUAAAUGUCCAUUAUGUGCCUAUAUUUAUUCACACAGACAAGCCUUCAGCUGCUGUGCUGUUCAUUAUUCCUUGCAAUUCGAAAAUGUAUAUAAUGAGUGUGCUUGCUCCCAGACACCACUCUCAAGUAUUUCUACUAUUAAAGCACAAUAGAGGAAGUGUAGACAAGAUAUCAACCCAAAGGGUUAGGAAAGGUCUGAUGACAAACUGCCACUCUGAGAAACUCCAAAUUCAUCUUAAAGGUCCUGAGUAACACUGCGUCUUAAGCUCUCCUGGAGCGUUUGUGAACUGUAACAGUGAGCUAGGUUUUGCAUUUUGAGUGAAUUCUUUUGGAUGUAAAUUUUGUUGGUGUGCCAAUAAGAUGUGAGUUAUAGGAUAAUACCGUUUAUGUCAUACUGUUAACCAUAAUAAAAAAAAAACUGGGUGCUUUUAGUGAA